AUGCUUGAUGGAGAUAUAGUUAGGGUUAGGAAAAGAACGCAAGGCAAACAGGAUGGAGUGCCGAUGGAGCAAGCGCUGGGAACUGAGCAACAUGUCACUCAACUGUUUCCGUCCAUAUGUCUAAAACCCGACAAGCCGUUCUCCCCUCUCCCUCUUAAUCCUCACGACUACGGGUCACAAACAAGCAGAAAGCGAGAAGAGAAACAACUGGACCAGAAUUCCGAUUGCAGCUCCGGGAAGCUAUCUCGUUACCGUAGAAAGAUUUCGGCAAUUAAAAUGGUUCAGUUGUUUUUAAGAGAGGAAGCUAAAAGGAAAGAAGACGUGAGCGAGGAGGAUACUGAACGUGCAAAUCGAGUGAUAUCGCUUUUGAAGCAAUUAGAAUCAGUUAUCUGGUCACUGAUUACCCGAUCAGAAGCACGUUUAUGGCUUUGCAACACUAUAUCAUGCAUUACAUCCCUAACUCCUUACCAGAAAAGAGAGCUUUUUGUGAGCUUAUUGAGGACGACGAGCAAGAAGGGUUUAGCUUCCCAGCUCUGGCAAUUAAUUUUUCAGAAGAGACCGCAUAAAGCAGGCAACCUUUUGGCUAAGAGAAGUUAUGUACUUGAUAAAUUCUUUGAAGGAAAUCGAACCCGUAUAUUGCAAUGGUUUUCCAACUUUUCCAGUACUGGAUUAGGGAAUAAAAAAGGUGCCAAAGCCCUGUCCCAAUUCGCGUUUGUGAAUCGAAAUAUAUGUUGGGAGGAGCUUGAGUGGAAGGGUAAACAUGGGCAAUCCCCUGCUGUGGUUGCAACCAAGCCUCAUUACUUUCUUGAGUUGGAUAUCUUACGAACGGUGGGAAAUUUUCUUGAAAAUGUGCCUGACUUUUGGACUUCUAGUGAGUUUGCUGACUCGUUAAGAGAUGGGGAUAUUUUGUUCAUCGAGACGAAAUUCUUUGUAGAUUUUUUUGUUGGGUGGAUGUAUAAAGAGGAUUCAAGAGAUGUAUGGGAAGUCAUUAAUGAGUUUUUUAUGGAGGAGCCUUUCUCUGUUUUGUGUCAGCAUCUACUUAUCACACUUGAAGAGCGGGAAUUCUGCACUUUUCUUGAAUCGCUUUGUAAAUUUUUGAAUCGAAGAAUGGAACCUGAUGAUUUUGGGGACUCUUCUUGCUUGCUUGAGUUUGUGCUCUCUAAAUUCAGUGGUUGUGAAUCUAUUGAUCAGUUGCUUCUUUUGAAUGCGGUUAUCAAUCAAGGACGUCAGCUUCUAAAGCUUUUGCAUGAUGAAGAAUCCCAGGAAGGGCAGGCAAAAAUUAAUGACAUUGUGUCUGGUAUCUGCAGAAUUUCAAGCUGUACUGAUAGCUUUGUCCCUAUACUGAAAGAGUGCUUAAACAUGAAAACCACUGGAGCAAUCAAAAUCUUAGGGCUUCACUCGUGGGCUUUUCAUUAUGCAUUAUCAGAGAAAUGCCAGAGUCCAGAGGCCUGGGAAUCUUUAUUUUCAAAUAAUGGUAUAAAUUUCAGCAAAUCUGAUAAAUUCGCACCGCUGCAUGAUGAUGAAUUCUUAGAAGAAAAUGACUCUGAAUUGGAUGAUAGAGCAUCAACUAAAAGAAAGAGCAGGAAGAAAAAGAAGAUCAAAAAGAAAAGGAGAAGGAACUUUGAUGAUGAUGACAGCUCCGACCAUGAUCUGCUGGAUUUAGAUACAUCAAACAGUAAACUAGGUUUGCAAGCAAGGGCUGGGAGUUGGUUGCUCUCAACAGAUGGGUUUGCCGCAACAUGGACUAGCGCAGAUCUACCAGAACAUCUCUCAAAGUCUUGCUUUUCCACAUGGAUGAAGUGGGCAUUUGCUAAGUGGAACAACGCGGCUUAA